CAAUCGAACGUUCAUGACGCUAUUAUUUCAGGAAUUCCCAGAGCUGGAAGCUUUAUCUCGAUCCGAUCUCGAAGAACUGCUCCAAUCGCCAAGUUAUCUUGAUGCGGUCUAUGAGACGCUGCCACGCACGGAAGCGCUUAAAAAGAGAGAGGAGUUACUUUUGCUGUCAAAUGAAGACCUAGCGAAACAGAAUAUGGAACUUGGCGAAGCAUUAGUAGCUCUGCGGCAGGAGACACAGCAAUCCUACGAGGAGGCUACAGAUGCAUACAAACGGUGGGAUGAAAUAGAAAAGCAGUUGAAAGACAUUGAUUACAAAACGUCACCAAAUUUCCUCAUAAUGCGACUAAAGCAGGCGGUAUCUCAGCAAGACGAGCUUAGUGAGAGUAUAGCAAGUGAAUUCAUAUCAUCCGCAAAUGUCGAUGACGACACAGACACUAGACAACAACAACAACAUUUAGAUACCUUCGUCAAAGAAUUCAAACAAGUUAGGAAAUUAUACCAUAAACGACACAUUUGGGCUGAAAAAUCAAACCAAGGGAAUGUAAUUUGGCAGUAAUAAAUGCAUUAGUUUUAUUAGAUAGUAUUAUUCGAAUAAAUAUCUUGUUGACUGCUCAGGUGUAACUUGUAAGUCUUUUUGUUCUAAUAUAUAUGAUCGUCCUGUCGUUGAUGCAUCCUGAUACCCACGACUUGGCUUCAUUUGAACAUCAGGUCUGUUUUCACGUCUUUCUGCGUUCUCACGUAAGCGUAUUUUCGUCUGAAGGAAGUCAGGAAAUGUAAUAUUGCUAUUUGAAUGCUGUAAUUCGUUCUCAUCGAUGAAUAAAUCAAGCACGAAAUGCAACACAGACUCUAGGCUGUCUAUGUCAGUGCCAUAUUCACUAAGCCAGCUAGUAUCGUAUGAUUCAAAUUUUGACAGAAGUGUUCUACUUGUUUCAAGGUGUUGAUGGUCGUGUUGUAAGAGGAUACUAGUGAGGUAGAUGGACGACAAUGCAAGUGAAUGAGGAGAGUGAAGUAGUGGCGCAAGAGUCCGAUGUGUAUCACUAAGGACCUUCCAGCAGCACUUCGAAAAUUCUUUUGAAACUUUGAAUAAUCUACAAAGUUUCACCAAUAUGUCAAACGGUCUCUUCAACUUGAAAGAGAAGGAUAUAGAUUCAAGAAGUAACCGCUCAAUUGGCAGUAGUCGUUUCUUUUCCGCUUCAAAUAGAUUAUCGUCAACUGAGGGAUUCUUGAAUUUUUCAGGAAAUCUGAUGUGCAUCGAUACAGCCACUACUUGGUGUAGCUUUUUAAGUGUAUCGUGCAUUUUCGCAGACACAAAAGUUGCGACUACUGCGACAUCAUGUGGAUUGAAAUCUUUCAAUGGAUAAAAUAAAUGAAAGCGUAUAUAUAGCAUCUGUGCCGUCGCUAUAGUUCUCCUUGGGAAACCCAACUGAUGACCUAAUUUCUCAACAAAAGCUGUUGCAAACCUUUUUAUCUCAUUAGCUUGCCUAUCAGACAUUUUACCAUGCUGUCUGCGCGACAAAGUUUCAGCUUCAAAUUGAGUGAAAUAUGGCUCAAAAUGCUUAAUGUGAGGGUUAGUACGCGAAGAUAACAAUCUACGCUCUUUCUCUAUAGCUAUUAGGUCAUCCCGACGUUCUUUCUCUUUUUGUAUAGCUUCUGGAUCAGGUCUAUGCCGCUGAAU